CACAUCAGAUCAACCAUUGUCUGGCUUGCAAUCUAGAAGAAGAGAUGAGGAAGAUCCGAGAAAUAGUGCUCAGUUACAGCUAUAUAGCCAUGGACACAGAGUUUCCAGGUGUUGUGGUGCGACCAAUUGGUGAAUUUAGAAGUUCCAUAGAUUACCAAUAUCAACUUCUUCGAUGCAAUGUUGACCUUUUAAAAAUUAUCCAGCUGGGCCUUACAUUCACGAAUGAGAAGGGAGAAUAUCCUUCAGGAAUCAAUACUUGGCAGUUCAACUUCAAAUUCAACCUUACAGAGGACAUGUACUCCCAGGAUUCCAUAGAUCUCCUUGCUAACUCAGGACUACAGUUCCAGAAACAUGAAGAGGAAGGAAUUGACACAUUGCACUUUGCAGAGUUGCUUAUGACAUCAGGGGUAGUUCUAUGUGACAAUGUCAAAUGGCUUUCAUUUCAUAGUGGCUAUGACUUUGGCUACAUGGUAAAGCUGCUUACGGAUUCUCGUUUGCCAGAAGAGGAACAUGAAUUCUUUCAUAUUCUGAACCUUUUCUUCCCAUCCAUUUAUGAUGUGAAGUACCUGAUGAAGAGUUGCAAAAAUCUUAAGGGAGGUCUUCAGGAAGUUGCUGAUCAGUUGGAUUUGCAGAGAAUUGGAAGGCAGCACCAGGCAGGCUCAGACUCACUGCUGACGGGAAUGGCAUUCUUCAGGAUGAAAGAGUUAUUUUUUGAGGACAGUAUUGAUGAUGCCAAGUACUGUGGGCGGCUUUAUGGCCUAGGCACGGGUGUGGCUCAGAAGCAGAAUGAGGAUGUGGACUCUGCCCAGGAGAAGAUGAGCAUUCUGGCCAUCAUCAACAACAUGCAGCAGUGAUGGCGGCGAGGCUCUGCAGGCAGGCCUGACCCGGAGUGGUGCUGACUAGUCUCUGCAUACUUGUCUCCUUCCCUGAAAGAAAACACUUCUUUUGAGCAAACUGUACCGACCAUUUGCAUUGUGCAGAAAGACUUCUGUUUUACUGAAGACAAAAUGUGUCUUUUAGAUCCAGAAGAGGGGCGUUUGCUCUGAAUUUGUAAACAAGUCUUCCCUGUACCUCUUCCCCAAGCCUCUCCUCUCCAGUUGCCUAUCACCAGCAUCCAUGGCUUGUUUGACACCUUUUUAAAUAUCCAGGACAAGUCAGAAACAAACUAGUAAAAUGUAUAUAACUCUUAUCUGUUGUCAUUCUUUUUCUUUUAAAUUUGUUGCUAAUUUCUGAGGAUGAAGACAUCUGGUGAUGAUUCUCAGCUGAGCUGAGGGCUUUUAGGGCACAUGAAACAAAAUGGUGUUCUUGUGAAGUGGGUUAUGGAUGUUGAGUCUUCUCCGUUCUGCCUUUAAAACUUUAGUAUUGACCCUCUUGAGGACAUUUGCUU